AUGGCUGGAUGUUUUCCCGUUGAGAGCAAAGAAAUAGCUGAAUUGAACGAAGUCAUUGGAGCAAUGAUAUAUGAUACAAAUAAAAUCAUUCACAAUGAAGCAAUCAAAAGGUGUAAAGAUCUUGCAAAGCGCGCUUCGAGUUCAAUGGUCAACAUGGUGCAAAAGAAACGUGAAGUCCAUGUAGCAAAGAAGAAGCAGUUGUUGAAAGAAGGUAGAAGAUACCAAUUUUUAGAAGAAAAUGCUGCUGAAGAAGAGUACAAUACUCAAGUUGAAAAUGACUUUCAAAGCAAAGAUAAAGAAAUUGCCCAGAAGAAGGAACUGAAGAUUUUGUCUUAUUUUGACAGGUAUAAUAUCUAA